GGCAGCUCAUACAUGCCCAAGAGUUAACACAGGCAUAGCUCCUCAACCCUUGCGUGGCGAGAAUCCGUCAGCCGCGUGACACUUGUGUGCCGCCAUUUAGAACUCCGCGUUGUUCUCCACAGAGUUCACACUCCUGACUGCGACCAGAGCGCUGUCGCCUAUUUUGCGCAAUUAGCGACCAUCAACCCGACUGCAAUGAGUAGCUUGCAGGGGGGUUCGCCAAGAGCAUCACUUGCAUGGCGUAAGUCUCAUGCUUGCAAUGAAUGCAAACGCCGCAAAGUGCGUUGCUCUGGAGGCGCAAAAUGCUCCAACUGCAUUCGGGAUAGCAAAGAUUGCAGGUAUAGCUCGGCUCUACAGACCAUUACAGCACUUCAAAGGCGCUUAACCCAAGCCGAGCAGUUUAUAUCAUCUAUGGAAAGAGCAUGGGCUGUUCACUUGCCCGAAGUCAAGCUCCAAGAUGCCAUUCGGCGCCUCGAACUAGGACGCGAGGGCCUACCUAGCCAUGAGAGUCCUGUCGCACUUCCAGAGGCACCAGAAUUAUCAUACAGGCCGGUGGGAAAUGAGCAGCCUACCGACUCCAGUCCGGCUGAAUUCAGCAACGCGGAAGACUACGAGUUUGAUGAAUCGCAGGAUUUUGACAAUUCCACUGACGGCAUGGGCUCUCUUAUUAUGGAACCUGGCAAGGUCGGCUAUACAGGCCCUCAAUCUGGUGUUGCAGCUUUGAAGUUCCUACAAACUCUGCAUCUCUAUAUUCCCGUCGAUGGUAGAAUGCCUUUUCCACUCGACGAGCCGGAUUCACGCAGCAUACCAGAGGCAUCGUCCGCCGACAUUGCGCUCUACAUAACCGAUUAUUUUGCUAUUUAUCAUACAGCUUACCCCGUUCUUCACGAGGGGACCUUUCGCGCCCGCGUUUCAGGUGCACUGGCCAAACCACGAGAUGGUUCAUGGCCGCUCUUGUAUAAUAUCGUCGUAGCCAUUGGCGCCUUUGUUGGCGGAACUGAUGCAUCGAAUAAUGACGUUCCGUUUUACAAGACAGCCCGCCAAAACUUGACCAUGGAUAUCUUGGAAAAAGGGUCCCUGAGUUAUGUUCAAGGUCUCGUGCUCAUGGCCAAUUACCUACAAAAGCGCAACAAGCCCAAUUCUGGGUUUGUGCUUAUUGGAAUUGGCUUCAGUAUGGCACUUGCAAUUGGCCUACAUCGCGAAUUUGGCUUGCCAAGCUCGAGCCCGUUUACCAUGGAGAUCCGUCGAAGAGCAUGGUGGACCUUGUUUAUUUUCGUCUCCGGGGCACAACUAACUCUUGGAAGACCACCUGUCUCCCUCGUUGGAGUAAAUGUUAGACCUCCAUCCAAUCUGGACGAUCAGGACCUCGCUGUGGAUAUGGGAAAAUUGCCAGAUCCAAAAGAAGGCCCCACCAUGACCUCGUGUCUCAUCCAUCAGGUCAAGCUGGCCAAAAUCGCGAACAUGGUCCAGGUCGAGCUUCUUACCCACCAAAUACCGAGUCACGACAAAGCGAUUACCCUGGACCGCAGCAUCGCGAAGUGGCGCAAGGAUCUCCCCUCCUAUUUCGACGAACAUACGAGACUGGACCCAUGGUUUGAAAUCCCAAAGCGUAUCCUCAUAUGGCGAUCUUUCCACCUCCGCAUCAUUCUCAACCGGCCCAUCUUGUUCAAAACCAUUACGGCGAAAGAGAGUCUUGAUACAGCCACCGGACCGAUACUCGCGUGUCUCAUGGGGGCUGAGGAGUGCGUCGAUUCGAUAUGCGGCUACCUUGGCUGUGAAACCGAACACCCACGAGGUUUGGCUUGGUAUGCCACAUACUGGUUAGUCACGGCUAGCUUCGUGCAGGCAACUUGCUACGUGUAUGAUCCUGCGCACACUCUUGCGCCAGCAUGGAAACGUCAUCUGAAACGUGCUGUGGAUUGCCUGUCAAACUUGGGGGCCACGCACGGCAUGGCCUUGCGGGCUCGAGACACCCUCAAGAGGCUGCUUGAUCAAAGCGAACUUCUAAACUUUUUGGGGGCACCCAUGGCUUCGACGGCCGAGAAUUUGCAGAGCGUCCCACUGAAUACCUGGGACCCCACUGCUCAUGGCCAGUCUUCUCAGAAUACAGCUGCUCAAGACCAGACGGACACGAUUUUCUUUGGACAAGGGGGCAUGUCGUUUCCGUGGUACGCCCAAGCCUCGUCAGAUGCCGAGCUACUCGAUGCAACGGGAGGGAUCAUGCUACAGGGCAGUUCGGAUUCUAGAGGACCGUAUUUCGAGUGCGGAUCUUGGAUGCCUGCGUAAAACAUGAGGGGUUGUGUUUGUGUGGCAGCCGAUAUCGUUUGCUCAUAAUAUUUCC